GAAAUAAAAUCAGUUCUCACUUGAACAUUAACAUUCGACUAACCAUCAUCUUGCAAACUUGCACCAAAUCAAUCGACAUGCAAUCAAUCAACAUCUUGUUCGCCAUGCUCCUCAUCUUGGCUCCAAUUGUCAAUGGAGACGAUACUGCCGUUGCUGUGACUGCAACUAAAGUCACUGAAGAUGCAACUGUGGCUCUCAUCGAAACAACAGCCAAAGCCGUUGCAGAAACAGAACCAGCUACAGAACCAGUUCAAACCACCGAAGCUGUUGAAGAAACUACAGAAGCUGUUGUUGUAGAAGCCACUCAAGAGACUAAAGAUGCUGAAACCAAUGCUCCAGUUGAUACUCCAGCUGCCAAUAACAUCGAAGCUACAACUGAAGGGGCUUCUCGUCCAUCGCUUUCAUCGACUGUUGCACCAAAUGUAACUUCUGUUGAUGACUUGCUCGGAGAAACUUCAACCAAUGCCACAAAAGCUGCUUACAACACUGGAACCUUCUUUGUUGUCCCAAUGGUCGUUCUCGCUUUGAUUCAAUGAUUUGAUUGAUCUCUGUUGCUAACUUAUACUAACUGAAUAAAAUAUUAUGUGAUAACCAAGUUCUUCAAAAGUCUUUAUUACAUUAAUCUAUUGCAGUUAAUAA